AUGGGUAGCUAUUGCAGCACUUUAUAACAAAGCAAACAACCCAAGCAACAACGAUUCUACAAUUCAACGCCUUCCUUCUGCUCGACCCAAACCGAAAGGAACACCAGUUUCAGGCACACCAUGAAUAUGCGAGUAAUUGGCUUUGUAAUUCUAUAUUUGCUUGGAGUUAGUUGGGCUUGUGAUGCAAGGCAUGUGGUGGUUAGUUAUUCAGUGCAAGAGAGGGAACCUCAAACUUUGAAUGAGUUUUCUGGGAAUAAUAAUGUGUGCACAUUAUGUGAGGAGUUUGCAUCUCAGGCACUUGAUUACAUCAGUGAGAACAAGACUCAGACUGAGAUCAUUGGAAUUUGGCAUAACGCCUGUAAUCAAUUAAAAUCUUUCAAGCAGCAGUGUGUCACUUUGGUGGACUAUUAUGCUCCUCUCCUCUUCCUAGAGGUUACCUCUGUAGAACCUGUUGAUUUAUGCCGGAAGGUCAACCUAUGUCAGCAAGUUGCAACCUUUUCCUCACAACUCAAGGAGGAUAGCUGUGGAUUAUGUCAUCGUACUGUUUCUGAAGUAUUAGUCAAGUUAAAAGAUCCUGAUACACAGCUGGAAAUCAUUGAGAUGCUUUUGAAGGCAUGCAAUUCUGUGGAGAACUAUGUCAAGAAGUGCAAGAGGCUCGUCUUCCAGUAUGGUCCACUAAUUCUUGUGAAUGCAGAGGAGUACCUUGAGAAAACAGAUAUAUGCACCGCCCUUCAUGCCUGUAAUCCAAGCAGCGUUAGUAUGAAAGAAGCAACAUCAUUGGAAAUUGGAUCCAUGCGGGCAGACUCUUAGUCUAGGCAACAAACGAUAUAAUGGAAUUGGAAUGCUGCUUGUACCACACUCAGCUUAUGUAUUGGUACUCUCCCUGGUGUGCUGUGCUGUGCUGUCAUAUGUUUGGUACUGGAAACAUGGUCGAACAUUCUGUAAAGAUUCGCCAACAAAUUGUUGAAUCCUUUGUAAAAUAUGUAAGAUAAAUUCAAAUGCUUACAUAAAAUGUUUGAUCUCCAAUGUUGUUCUCCUCUAUCUA